UGCACCGGAAGAGACCGUCGCAGCGGCUCAGAGUUGAAAGGUCAUCAACGUCACGUCAAGCUAGCAGGAGAAGAAGCUUGUCCUAUUUAUUAUAAAAAAUGUCAAAUACAGAAGAGGACACGGAGCUGCCUACUCCAUGUGUGCUCAUCACGAGCUGUGACGGUGGUUUUAAAGAAGAAGAGCUGAUAAAACAGAUCCUCAGUUCGAAGACUUUGCCUGAGCCGAUCAAACAAGAAGAAACAGUAGCCUGGUAUCCAUGGACCAUCAACAACAAAUAUUAUACAGCGGACGUCAGGCUAUGCGUUGUGCCGAACACUUUUCACAUGUCAUCGGAGAUUGCCCAGUCCAUGCAGGCUUUCAUCGCUUAUUUUGACAGCACAGUGAAGGAUGGUCUGGAAAAGCUACUUCCUUGGAUAUCAGUGGUGGAAGAUCUUGCUCCAGAGGUGCUCAUUCUGGUGUGUGAAAGAGUCAGUGAAAAUGGGGUCAGCAGACAUGAAGCACAACAGUGGUGUUUGGCUCAUGCCUUCGAGCUGGUGGAGCUCAAUCCACAGGAGUUGCCAGAUGAGGAUGAUGACUUUCCAGAAUCCACAGGAGUAAAGAGAAUUGUCCAGGCUCUCAAUGCCAACGUGUGGACAAGUGUGGAGAUGAAGGAUGGGCACAAUCAGGGCUUCGGUCUGAUGAGCAGUUUGGUUGCCGCCAGACACAACAACCCACACAGCUGUCAAGAUCCACAGUCUUCCAGUGUGCCAGUAGAGGCCUCACGUGUGAGUGAGGAGACUAACAAUACAGAGAGUAGUGCAAACACACGCACACAGGGAGACCCAGUUGUUGAUGCAAUGACUGAUUUGGACAUUCAGGAACUCGCCAACCUCACGGCUGGAGAUGCAGAUGUGGAUAACUUUGAACGUCUCUUUACCAAAUUAAAAGAGAUGAAAGACAAAGCUUCUUCAUUACCUCAUGAGCAGAGAAAGGUUCAUGCAGAGAAGGUAGCGAAAGCAUUUUGGAUGGCCAUUGGUGGUGACGAUGAUGAGAUAGACGGGUUGUCAUCGGGAGAGGAAAGCUAAAAGCACAUACCUGUGACUCAAGUCUCUUUUCUCCUGGCCCUCCUCCUUUUCCUGGGGCUCCCACAAGAUCCGGCGCCCUUGGACAUGCUUCUUUCACCUGGAAAGUGGCGAUGCUUACAGAUGGUACUGUAGGCAUAGUCAUAUUUAGAAACCUUUGAUUUUUAAAAAUGAAAUGAUUGCAAUACUGGUGUCUAGUGAGAAGCCGUUGAGCAUUUUGAUUGGGGAGAUUAGUGAUCCCCUGGGUCCCUCUCUCUCUGUGAGCCCCGAGUGAACCGCAACACAUGGUGUUGCAGGUGAAAAAACUAAACAAUUAUGUGGGCUUUAAUUUAAUUAUGUCCUUUAGGUACAAUUGUCACAUAUAUUUGAAAGUGAUAUGUGCCUUAUCCCUGUAAGAGUUGUAAGACGUUUAAUGCACAUUCUGUUGAAUCAACAUAAAGACUUGUGAUUUCAUUUUUUUUAAUGCUCCUUUGUGUGUGUGUGUGGUGCAUUUGUUGUGAACACAAGACUGUUGCACUACACGAGUACAUGCAGGUGAUCUAGUGCUUAUUAAGAAAAGUAUGCAGACCAGAAAGAUACACACCUGUAUGCUGCAAUGGAGAAUCUCUGCAAUAAAAGGAUCAGUCGUGUGCUGUAUUGGACAUUAUACUGAAGUGUUUGAAAUGUUUUGUCUCCUUUGCGUUUGUGGAGCAGCAGAAAUAAAACAAAAUACCAUAAAGUACAGCCACGCUAGCUUUACAAUGGUCACAUUAAUUACAGGACUAACAUUGGACUGCAUUCCUGUAAAAGGGAUUUCUAUUUUUCCUGUCACUGUACUGGUGAGUCAUGGUUUCAAAAAAAUUACUUUAAAUAAUUUUACUCAGUUGCAACUCCUUAAAUUUUCAAACAACAAUUUGAGAACAAAUAAUAUGCUACAUGGCAAAAAAAUACAUGUACAUAAGACUUUGAACAGAAAACUAAGAACAUCAAGGAACUCAAGUACUGAUACAGAACUAGCAACUAUACCCACCACUGUAGUACACAGUAUUUCAGUUAGGCACCUUGUAACUGUUUUAAAUAGAUUACAUGGUGACUUGGUCUUAAGUACAGGAUAAACACGGUGGCUUCAUCGGCAAUGACAGCGAGCUUAUUACACAUGCCUUAUACUGUAGCAAUGUACAUGUAAUAUACAGUAUUUACUAGACAAGCAAUUACUAGAACUAAAGCAUUGCACUGAUCAACACAGUCAGUUGGAAGUGCAUCA